AUGGCGGCGGGAGCGCGGGGUGGCGGGCGGUUCGGAGCGGAGGGCGGCGCGGGCUGGGGUCCCUGAGGCUGCCGCCAUGUACUCGGCCUCUGCCGCCGCCUCGCCGCCGAGACGGGACUUCAUCUCGGUGACCCUCAGCCCUGAGGAGGUGGUGGGGGCCGCUGGCUACAACAACAGCAAGGCCUGGAGGCGGCGCUCCUGCUGGCGGAAAUGGAAGCAGUUGUCUCGACUACAGCGGAGUGUAAUUCUCUUCCUGUUUGCCUUCUUGGCAGUCUGUGGAGUCAUUUCAUAUACAAACAUGGGAGAGCCGUGGAAAAGUGUAACAAACAAAUCAUUGGAUGAUCAGAGAAUAGAACCAGAAGCUCCUGGGCUAAAGUUGGCAAAUCCAGCUGUUUUACCAGCACCUGAGAAAGCAGAUGCCAACCUUGGAGUUUACCCAGAACUUCCACCUCAGAAGCAGCCAAAGCUGCCUCAUGCCCGCCGUGGUCCUCCUAAUCUUCAGAUCAAGCCACCACGGAGGGACGUGAGGCUAAAGACCCAACGUGAUAACAACAAGGUUGUAGAAGAACCAGCCCAGGCUGAUAAAGAAGAAAAAACAGAGAAAUCUGUUAUCAGUUGGAGAGGAGCAGUGAUAGAACCUGACCAAAGCACAGAACCUCCUUCUAGUAAAAUAAAAGAACCAGAAAAACCUUCAUCUAUGGAAGCUGAAGGCCAGAAAGAACCAGUGCCCAUAAAUGAACGUCAGAUGGCUGUGAUAGAAGCAUUCCGCCAUGCCUGGAAAGGAUAUAAGGAUUUUGCCUGGGGACAUGAUGAACUGAAGCCUUUGUCCAAAUCUUACAGCGAGUGGUUUGGACUUGGGCUUACUUUAAUUGAUGCUUUGGAUACCAUGUGGAUUUUAGGCUUAAAAGAAGAGUUUGAAGAAGCAAGAAAAUGGGUAGCAGACGAUUUAGUAUUUGAUAAAAAUGUGGAUGUGAAUCUCUUUGAGAGCACUAUUCGUAUCCUGGGGGGCUUGCUGAGCACCUACCAUCUCUCUGGAGAUAGCCUCUUCCUGGAAAAAGCAAAAGACAUUGGGAGCAGGCUUAUGCCAGCAUUCAACACGCCCUCCAAGGUACCUUACUCUGACGUCAACAUUGGCCGAGGCACUGCACAUCCACCUCGGUGGACAUCAGAUAGCACUGUGGCAGAGGUGACCAGCAUUCAGUUGGAGUUUAGGGAGCUCUCUCGUCUCACCGGAGAAGAGAAAUUCCAGAAAGCUGUAGAUGAGGUGAUGAAGCAUGUUCACACCCUCUCAGGGAAAAAUGAUGGACUAGUGCCUAUGUUCAUAAACACCAAUAGUGGGCAGUUCACUCAUCUGGGUGUCUAUACUCUGGGAGCUAGAGCUGACAGCUACUAUGAAUAUUUGCUGAAGCAGUGGAUUCAGGGUGGGAAAAAAGAAAAUGAACUGUUGGAAGACUAUGUGAGAGCCAUAGAAGGAGUGAAAAAGCAUCUUCUUCAGAGGUCGCAACCUAAGAAGCUUACCUUUGUAGGAGAGCUUGCUCAUGGCCAUUUCAGUGCCAAGAUGGAUCAUUUGGUUUGCUUUUUGCCUGGUACUUUGGCACUCGGAGCUCACAAUGGAUUGACUGCCGAUCAUAUGAAAUUAGCUGAAGCCUUGAUUGAAACCUGUUACCAGAUGUAUGUGCAAGUAGAGACAGGCCUGAGUCCUGAGAUCGUACACUUCAAUAUUCAUGCACAAAAGGGUCACAAAGACGUGGAAAUCAAGCCUGCAGAUAGACAUAACUUGCUGCGACCAGAAACUGUGGAAAGCCUUUUUUAUAUGUACAGAUUCACCGGAGAUAAGAAAUACCAAGACUGGGGCUGGGAAAUCUUGCAAAACUUCAAUAAGUAUACACGGGUUCCUACAGGCGGUUAUACUUCCAUUAACAACGUCCAAAAUCCCAGUAAUCCAGAGCCACGAGAUAAGAUGGAGAGCUUCUUCCUUGGGGAAACGCUCAAAUACAUGUUUUUGCUGUUUUCAGAUGACAUAGACUUAAUCAACCUUGACAAAUACGUAUUUAACACAGAAGCUCAUCCACUCCCAAUUUGGAUGCCAGCAUAGACUUGGUGUCACUAGACCUUCCAAUCGUGGCAUGUUGAUCUUGAAGUCACUUUGCUUUUCAGGGUUUGAAGAGAGAUGCUGUGUUUGCACCUUUCUUGGUUUAAAACGAACAAACAAAACCUUCGGGAAAACAUCUCUGGUUUAGAGAAGUUUCAUCAGUCUUAAAUCUAACCCCUGUGCUGUAGUUCGGGGAUGGACAAACUGUGCCAUACUAAGCUGCUUUGCCUGGUAUUGAUUAUUAGAAUUGAAAAAAUUAUCAUAAUGUGGACCAUGACAUUCACUGGGCUCUGGUGAACCAGAACUCACUUGUCAGUCUUACUAAAUUAUAAUUAAAUAUCAGGAAUGCAGCAAGCUGUCUUAGAAGCACAGGAUUGUCACUGAAGAGAAGGAAUAAACCUAAAGAUUUCUGGUUUAUUCUGGGCAUGCUGAAACACUUGGUUUAUAGCACCACUCCUUUGUAAGAACCUGUAGUGUUUCAGAUGGCAGGUGGAAUAACCAAUGAAUGCCACCAUUGUCCCAGGUAAGAGUGAAGGUAUCAGUGUUGUUACUGAUACUGUGAUCUCAUUCCAGACUGUUGAGCUAUGCUGCAUUAUGGUAGCGGAAGAAAGAUGCAGCAAAGCACCUGUCAUACAAUAUCUUAAUUUUUUAAAGCACUUUGAACAAUCUGUUCAAGCUGUGGCUGAAAUGAAUGAUGGAAAGUUAAGUAGAAAAUUUGCUGCUGGUUUGGCUCAAAGUGGUAUAUAAUUUUGUAGAGGUAUUACAGUUUUUUUAACUUAUCUGCAGGAAUGCAGGAGACAAUGUGAAACAAGUGAAACUACACGUGUUUUAUAUAUUAUUUGCAUCAGUUAGACUCAGGUAUUCUGACUGAAAGCUGCUUUGUGAGUUGGGCACUGGGAAAGCUUGUGAGCACAUUAGGUAUAGUUCCAGCUCAACUUCCUUCAUCCCUUCCUGUCCAGAUCUUGCAUAUUAAUGUGUUUGCUGGCCCAAAACUGGCUUACAAUUGUACAGUGAUUUUUUUUUUUUUAACUGAGGAGAAAUUUGCAAUUCUUAUUUUUUCUUAGCACUACCUUAGGUGGAAGUAUUUUCAUCAGUAGUAUUAUGACAGUUCCUAGUCCCAGUAGAUUUACUGAAGUUUAUUUAGUUGCUUGAAGGGAAAGCAGACCACAUGUUUGCUUAUAAAAGGAUCUUACUAGAGCCCUGGGGUCUUUCAUUUUUACAUGUGCAAAUAGGUUUUAAACCAUAAAUUGUGAAAUUAGCUUUCUAAAGUGCAUCUCCUUUUGGUUUUGUAGCUCCUUGAACAGGUCUGUAUUCAGAAAUAAGUUCUCAAAAAUGUGCUUUCUCAUAUUUUUAAAGAGCUUGUUCUCACCAGAAUAUCCUUCCUCCUCAUAUUUUUGGGAGACACUGGAAGUUAGAUGCAGGUGCAUGACAGUGAGAAUGAAGUACAGUCCCCUAUAAAUCUGGGCCAAUGAAACAAAAAUAAUAUAAAUCUGACAAUGACAGUUAAUUUUCCAGUUGUGUGUAUUUUACAGUAUCUGUAACCUUUGUGUUGUUAAGUAAGCUACAUCUCUAUUUGUUUUAUGCUGAUCAAUCCUGUUUGCUGGAGUCAGAAUUUACCCUUUGGACCACUACUUAAGUCUUUUAAGGAAUAAUUGUCAUUCCAUUUACUAAUGAUGGCGUAUGGAAAUUGAGAAUUUUUACACACUAUUUAAGUUUGCCAUUCUCUGACAUCAAAGGGACUCUGGAUUUUACAGAGUGUUAAUGUUCUUUCAGUUCAGACACCACAAGUAACCAUGGAAAUAGCUGAAGCUCCUCACUUAAGUGUGCAGUGUAAUCUACUAGUCACAGCCUGAACAACUGAUUUGUUACUAAGGCUUUUGUUUUCUUUGACAUAACAGGAAAGAAGCAAUAUGCUGUUGAAAUGUAGGAGGAAACACCUUUGGUGCUUUCUCAACUCUGUGGAGCAGGUAUGAGUUCCUGUGGAGCUGAGCUUUGGCUAAAAGCUUACGGGUUAAAAUGAGAGCUUAUUGGGAGAGGGGCAGUGGGAAGAGAAAAAAACAACUCGGUGAGACUGCCUUGCCUCUGCUCACUUUUGCUGUUUUGCUGCUUUGGCCUUGUGCCUUCAAUUGAAGCUAGCAUUGAACCCCUAAUUGCUGAUUUUGCUAUGCGAUACAAGAAUUCUGGAUUGUGUUGGUGUGUCACCUAUGUGACAGCCCUACUAAAUGGGAAUAGAGAAUUCUUAGCGUAUGAAAUACAUUUAAAAGUGCUUGCCAGAAAUCUUCUACUGUUGAAGUCCUACGUUAGUCUUAAAAAUUAUUCAGCUCUACAGAUGGCACUGUGGAGUCUGUUGUAGCUCCCUUUUGUCUUGUGCUUGGCUUGAGAGUAAAAAGACUUGGAAUUAAUUCAUCAGAAUGAGUAAAAGGGAAGAAAAAAAUCUUCACUUCCCAAAUUCAGUUUUUGUCUUCUACCUGAGCCGGCUGGUCUGACUGAUUUCUUCUUCCCCUAAUUCAUCUUAGCAAACUGAAUUCUCUUUGCAAAAUACAGUUGUACUGUCCCCAUCUUUUAUAUUUGAAAUUAUUAUUAUUCAACUCUCUGCUUAGUUUUGAAAACAAAUGAUUUUCAGACUCCUGCAUCACAUGUGAAAUGCCAAGAACCUAAACGAUCUGAUAAAAGCUCACCACCUUCUUCCUGUUCUUCUGCAAAGUCACUUUAAUUACUAAUAUAUUUUUACUUUCUUAACAUGUUGUCAGCUUAGCCUGUGAAAUUCAUGCCGUAUCUCAGUUCCACUGUGCAUCUCUCACCAGCCUAACAGAACCUUUGCACAUCUCUGAAAAGUUUUCCUUCAGGUACUCUGUGGUUCUUUGAACCAAAGCCUUAACUUCAGGGUGUGUGAUCCAUCUCGAUAUUUCAACAUACUCGUACACUUCUGAUGCUUAAAUCAUUGAAUGCUGUGGAAAGGCCAUGUCUUCAUCCAUUGAUCCUGUCCUUCUGCACAGUGAGCUGCCUUGGUUUCUCUCCAGGAGCUUGAGUGCCUUGCCUAAUGUUUUUAAAAAACCCAUCUGCUACACUGUUCAUUUAUACUUUCAUUCCGCAACAGCAUAGUCACAGCUAUAGAGUACCCCACAGCUGUAGAGCUUGGAAACCUCACACUCUAGAGUUUGUCAGAGCUCAGAAAGAAAAAAAUACAUACCUUUUUGCUCACAGUUAAUUGGGGAGAUGGAUGGAAGCACAUCUAAGCAUCUAAUCUCUUGAGAACUGCAGCCUUGCUCCCAGUCUUCAAAACUGGGAGUUUUUCAGGGUUCUUAUGGGGGCUGCUCCAUGCUUCACACGAGUGUCUGUUAGCAAAUAAUGGUGAAAAUCUUGCUAAGUUCAAAUACUGCUGUGUUCACUCCUUCAAGGUAGAAAGCCAGCUGUGUUUCCAAUUCUAUUUCCAUAUCAUACUGCUGUGAUGAGGGGUUGCAGACAGGACAGUUUAUUGCACCUAAUAUGUUAAACAAUGCUGUGCUUUUCUCCUGCCCUUUAAAACUACAGUUACUUGCUUCAGCUGUGCUCUCCCAGAAAUAAUCCUGCAGGCAAAGCAGCUUCUUAUUUCCAAUGUCACACUCAAAAUUGUCAGCAUGACAUGACAGGUUAGCUCUGUGCUGCUGUCUGGCAAGGUUGUUGCUGCAGUGGAAUUUAGAGUUUCCUGUUUUUGUUUUGUUUUUGGUGUCCCCCUCCCCCUGGAGCAUUAGAAGUUAUUGGCAAAUUCAAAGUCUAGAUGCCUCAGCUUUCACCAAAACCCAAACAUGUUCUAUUGAAAUUGAUGCCUUCAGCUUGCCAGGGAAACUUGCAGAUUCUCACAUUCUGUUUCAAGCUCUCUUCGAAAGGUAUACGACCAGAGAGAGUUUUUACUGUUUUGUGCAACGUUCCUAUCUUGGCCUUACACUCUCUGUGCUGGUACAUGAUGAUUAAUAUAUGCCUCUUCUCAACAAAGUUGCUAUGGAUCUAAAAUCCUCAUGUGGGCCUCAUCGAUGGAUGGUGCUCUGUAUCACUUAUUGCCUGCUUACAUUCCACCUUCAGUCAUCAGCACUGUUUUUCAAGACUUACAAGAACUGUGACUGUUCUGGUUGGGUUCUUCUCCCCAGCUCACAGAGCACCCCACAACCAGCACUUUCUGCUUAGAUGCUGUUCCUCCUUGUCCAAGGUUUCAGAGCUGUUUGUGGAAGCUUGCUACAUUUGCUUCAAACAUCUCCAGCAGUUUCUGAUGUACCUAUUUGUAAUUAUUUUCAGCAUCACUUAUCUUUCAUCUGCAUGCAAGUCUUAGACUUUGAAGUCCCUGUAUAUCUUUGCUUAUCCCUUUUGCCAUAGCAUCCAAAAGCCUUUAGUAUUCAUCCUUCUAUACAAGUAAAACACUUAAUUUGUGUUUCUUAGACUACACUGAUUCCUUUGUGUAAUAUCUGGAAGAAGAGAAUAACAGAUCUGUAGAUCUUCCUAGUUAUAAUAGGAUUGAAAAACCCUCUGGAAGGUCAAAAGACACCUAGGCGUCUGUUCACUCAAAGGCACAAAACAAGCCACUGUCCAAAGGUGGUAACUUGCAGAAUACUUUCUAACUGGGGUGCUUUAAUGCACUGUAAAUCUCAGGCACAUUCUCACUGAGUUGGUUUAAUUGGGAACCUGCUUGCCAGGAGCUAAGGAUGUUAGAACGGCAAUAUAAACAAGAAGCAAUCGUUUUUGUCUGCAGAUAUCUCCACUGUCAUCUUUUCCUCCUGGCGUGCUGGUCCUGAAUAAUUACUAUAGGAUAGCAGAUCUCAAGUCAGAAAAGUCUUGAUUUUAGCACCUCAGUCAGGUUGCAAGGGGGAAGAUAAGCCAUAGUUGCAACACACCUGAAGUCUGACAUUUGGGAUAAACAAAAGGGAGACUUCAGCUCUUGGAAGUGUCCAGGUUUUCCUACAGCAUGAAUGGAGAAGAUUCAAGUCUUACUGAGGAUUGUAGUUCCAUUAACAGUCUUAAAAUAGUUCUACUUUCUGGGGGGUGUGGUUUGACUAAUUGGGUCUUUUGCUCUUUGUAAAUACCUGAAAAAUCUGAAUAAUGGACCUUAUCUGUUCCUACCCAGUGGGGGGAGAGACUUUUGCUAGUGUGUGCUUAAGAACAGGGGAGGGGGAAGUGGGUUUUAUGCAAAAAAAAAAAAAAAAAAAAAAAAAAAAAAACAAAAAACAAAAAACAAACAAAAAAGCUUUUGUCAGCCUCUGAAUAUUGUGAAAUAACAGCAGUGACUGACAGGAGUAGCUUUGGGAACCAAUUGUACUGUGAUAGCAGGAAGGACAUAGCAGUGCAAACACUUAACAAAAAGUCUUAUUUUUAAGCAAUGUAAGAGAAGUCAAAGCAAUGCUGUGACUUAUCCUGUAUAAGUGAUGUUAGCCUUUGACCUGCGGGGCUUCCUCCUACCCCAUAUAAAUCAUUGUAAAUUGAUCAACUAAGACAUUCAGUUGAUUACUGUGUUGUAGUAUUUUUGCGGUUAUGCUAAUAUUUAUUGUUACACAGUAAUUCUAGUAGGUAAGAAUCCACUUCUUAAUGUGCAAAGAUGAAUUUAUUACACCUUCAAAGGUGAGAACUAUCCUUUUUAUUAUUAUUAUCUUCUUUGGUUAUGCUACCAAGCCAUGAAAUUAUAUCUCACACUUUAAUAAACUUGUAAUUUAUUUUAAAAAGAUUUGAAGAUGUCUUAAUUAGAAGUGCACCUUACUGGUACCUGCCAUUCAGCUCCUGAGUGGAGGCACAGCAGUACAUGCUGGCAUUAUUUUGUGUGAAUCACUUACCCACAUGACCUCUCUUGUGUGAC